AUGACCCAUGGCAUGUCUGACAUAUUUAACAUUUCAGUGCCCGAGUUAAUUUAUAUACUCAACAUCUUGGUUGAGCGCGGUGGUAGGUCCUCUGGUUGGGAGGCUGCCGGCCAGGGUUCAAAUCCUGGAUUGCAUGGAAAAAACAAUAGCAGGGACAAUGGUAAUCCUAUCCGAGUUAUUCGAGGUCAUUUGUCAAAAAAUAGCUAUACGGGAAAGAUCUACACCUACGAUGGACUUUACAAGGUUGUAGAUGACUGGGUACAGAACGGAGUGCAAGGCCAUGUGGUUUUCAAAUUUAAAUUGAAGCGGCUUGAGGGUCAGCCAUCAUUGACGACUUCUGAGGUGCGAUUUACUCGUGCAGAAGCUCCCACAACUAUUUCUGAAUUGCCUGGACUGGUUUGUGACGACAUCUCUGGAGGGCAAGAAAAUAUUCCAAUUCCUGCUACUAACUUGGUUGAUGAUCCACCUGUUCCUCCAUCUGGUUUCACAUACUUGAAGUCUCUAAAAAUUCCAAAGGACAUCAAGAUUCCAUCUAGUAUUAUUGGCUGUGAUUGUGAAGGAGAUUGUGCUACCAACAAAAAUUGUUCAUGUGCUCAGCGCAAUGGUUCUGAUCUGCCUUAUGUAUCAUAUAAGAACAUUGGCAGGUUGGUGGAGCCCAAAGCAGUUGUAUUUGAAUGUGGGGCUAACUGCAGUUGCAACCAUGAUUGUGUAAACAGAACAUCUCAACAGGGUUUGCAGUAUCGCUUAGAGGUAUUUAAGACAGCUUCAAAAGGUUGGGGAGUCAGGACUUGGGACACUAUCCUCCCUGGGGCUCCCAUCUGUGAGUACACGGGGGUGUUGAGGAGGACCGAAGAUUUGGAUGGUUCACAAAACAACUAUUGUUUUGACAUCGACUGUCUUCAAACCAUGAAGGGUUUGGAUGGAAGGGAGAAAAGAGCUGGAUCUGAAAUGCACCUGCCUAAUCUUCAUCCUGAGAAUGAUUCAGAUGCACCUCCUGCACCUGAGUACUGCAUAGACGCUAGUUCUAUUGGCAAUUUUGCCAGAUUUAUAAAUCACAGCUGCCAACCUAACCUUUUCGUCCAGUGCGUUUUGAGCUCACACAAUGAUGUUAAACUGGCAAAAGUGACGCUUUUUGCUGCUGACACUAUACUUCCUCUUCAGGAGCUAUCCUAUGACUAUGGUUAUCGCUUGGACAGUGUUGUUGGGCCUGAUGGAAAAAUUGUGAAGCUGCCUUGCCACUGUGGUGCUCCUGAUUGCCGGAAGCGCCUCUACUAG